AUGAAUACAUCAAUUUUGAUGAGACAUUCCAAAAUUUGGGUGAACGAAUUGCAGUAUGAAAGUUACACAAUUGACGGAAUCGUUGUUGGAGAUUCAAUUUCGUUUUCUAAUCUCAAAGCAGCAAUUGCAGCCGAGUUGGAUAUUGAUGUAUCAAGGAAAGAAAUUGAAAUUCGUUACAUUGUAGAAGAAGUUGGAGUUACAAAUGUUAUAAUCAAUUCAGAUAUUGUAGAUGUGAAGACAAGUCAGAUAUAUAAGGAUAAAGCAACACUUGUAGAUGUGAUGACGAAAUAUAAGAUAAAGAACAACUUCAAUUGCAAAGUAAAGAGGUCUGAUCAACAAAGCUAUGUGUUGGUAUGCUUUUCAGACAAAUGUGGUUGGACUAUGAAGGCGUCCUGCAGGAAAAAAUCUGAUAUAUUCAUUGUUAGAAGUUUCAAUAGUGAACAUACGUGUACGACGAGGGAGAGGGUAUUAACCAAAGUCCAAGCAACAAUCGGAUUUGUAAGUGGAGUUACUGCUCCAAAAUUGGUCAAUCAUAAACGAAUUUAUACUCCAAGAGAUAUAAUUGAUGAUAUUAGAGAAUAUUAUGGGGUUGAAAUAUCUUACCAACAAGCAUGGCGUGCUAAAGAACGUGCACUCUCCAUGAUUAGGGGAAAACCAUCUGCAAGAUAUAGACGGAUGCCGCGAUACAUACACAUGUUAAAAACUGUGUAUCCAAAUUCUUAUAUAAGAAUGCAUAAGACCGAAGAGGAUGAAUUUAUGUAUUUGUUCAUCGCCUUAAGACCAUUCAUUAGGGGAUUUAAUUACUGCAGACCAGUAGUUGUUGUGGAUGGUGCACAUCUGAGUGGAGCUUACAAAGGGACAUUUGUAUCAGCAAGCACACUUGAUGGCGCAGGUUGCAUAUUUCCAUUGGCAUAUGGUGUUGUUGACACCGAAAAUGAUUGUUCGUGGACAUGGUUUUUUGAACAGUUCAAACAUGCAUUUGGCGAUAGAAAAGAUAUGUGUGUUAUUUCAGAUAGAAAUGAGAGUAUCAUGAAGAGUGUGAGGAUUGUGUUCCCAAAUGUACCUCAUUAUGCAUGCAUCUGGCAUCUUUGGAAGAAUGUAUGUGGAAACUUCAAAAGGAGCAGAAAGGCCAUAAGUGAUCUAUUCUACUCUAUGGCCAAAGCAUAUAGAAAGGAAGAUUUUGAUAAGUUGAUGGCUAAGGUUGAUAGAAUUGAUCACAGGGUUAAGGAGUACCUUGAAGAUGCAGGUUACGAAAUGGUUAAGAAUUCAUGCAACAGUUAACAGAGGUAA